AGUACUUUACAUUUGAAAGUGAAAUUAAAUAAUUAAAAGAAAAAAAUGUCAUUAUAUGCAACACCAAUACUUUAUUUAAACAUGGGAGGUGAAAUGUUAUAUGUUUUGCGACAAAGACUGAAGGCACAAAGAAUAAGUGUUGAUAAAACUAUACAAGUGUUAGAUGAUGUAACUGCUGCUCUACUUAAUCCUAAAAUAUUAUCUUCUGUAUUUGAUGAAAAACCUUUGACUAAAGUAUCUCUUUUAAGAUCUACUUUAGAAUGUGUUGUAUUGUCAUCAAUAAUGAAACUCGAUAAGAGUAGUAUGAAUAAAUUAUUUGAUCUAAUGAUUAUGAUGGUAAAAUAUCAAUUAUCCGUAGCUACUGGUCCUGUAGAAGUUGUAUUGUUAACGUUAAAUCAUACAGACGCAAUGCGCGAUAUGGUUAGUAAUCCAAAUGCUCAACAAUGUGUUGGAUUAGUACAUCAGAUGGUGAUCGAUUUUUAUGGAGCUUUAAAUUUUCAAGAAAUUUGGAAUGCUAGGAAUGAUUGUGUGAAAGAAUUAGAACAUUAUUGUGUGAAAGUAUCUAUUCUUCUUAGACUUGGAUUACAAAAUGAUGAUGGUAGUUUUAAUUCAACAUAUCGCAAAUAUGACGAAAAAUAUGAAGAAAACAAAAUUCGUCUUUCUGAUAUGAAAUUACGCGAUGUAAAUUUUAAAACUUACUGUGAUGGUUCUUUUAAUAUAUUUGGAGAAAGAGGUACAAUACUUGGCAAAAAUAUGUAUUCAAUGACAUAUGGUAUAGCAAAACUAACUUCUGGACAAGAAAAUGAUAAUUAUAUAAAAGAUUGUGGUACAAAAGCAGAACUUGGUAUGUUAGCUGUUCAACUAGGAACUGAAGAAACUUCAUAUAAACGACCUUUUACCUUGAAUUUGCUUCCAAAUGAAGAUGAUGAUAAUGCAAAUAUAGUAAAAGAUACAGAUUUUAAGGAGGACAGUCAGAAUGAUAUAGCAAUUACAAAAUAUGGAAAAACAAUAUUCAAUGAGGAUUAUAAAACAAAACUUGACAUUAUACGUGCAGAUUUUUUUGAUGAUCAUGAAGAAGUAAAACAUAGCACGAAUUUGUUGGAACUUUUGGAUGAAGCAGAAUAA